AUGUUUAGUCGGCGUCAAACCAAGGUAAAUGAGAGGCUCGAGGGUGUGCCUCUUCCCACCUUAGUGUAUUAUUUUUUCUACAAUGUUACAGGUAUUUUCAUCCGACUGCUUUUUCUACGCAAGAUAAUCCUCCGUACUGAGGUCCCACAUAGUCCCACUGCUGAGUUCUGUUCCUUCACGUUGGAUAAGAUUGACAAUCCCCGUGCAACUGUUUAUUACACAUAG